AUGGGCGGGUUCGCGCACGUACAACCUGCCGUGACGGUGCUCACAGUCACGCAGUCGAUCGUCAUGCAGGUCGAGCAGACACUGGCGGUUGAGAUGAUGAUGGGGCACUCCGAGACGGGCGUGGGCCUGUCGCUUGUUGGCAGGAGAGGGUUG